CCCUGUGUCAUAAGUUAACACACUGCGCUCGGCACUCCCCGCACGGACGGACUCUCUUUCUGAGCUGCUUUAUCGAAAAUGUCUGCGAUUCAUCAGAAUCUUUCCACUGCUAUCUCUUCAUCUGCUUCCACUUUCCUCGGCUAUAACAAUCUCAAGAACAUCAAGAGUUCCAAUGUUUCGCUUCCAGGAAGAAUCAGUGGGGUUGUGAAAUGUGUCUCUUCGCCUUCAGUUGAGAAGACUGCUUACAAGACGAAAGUGUCGCGCAAUGAAAACCUGGCGAAACUUCAAGCUGGUUACCUUUUUCCCGAGAUUGCCAGACGAAGAAAUGCACACAUGUUGAAAUAUCCUGAUGCCCAAGUGAUUAGCCUUGGAAUUGGUGACACAACUGAGCCCAUUCCAGAAGUUAUUACUUCAGCCAUGUCAAUGAGAUCAUAUGCGCUGUCAACAGUUGAUGGUUACAGUGGUUAUGGAGCUGAACAAGGUGAAAAACAAUUGAGAGCUGCCAUUGCUUCAACCUAUUAUGCAGACCUUGGAAUAGAGGAAGAUGAUAUAUUUGUGUCAGAUGGUGCAAAAAGUGACAUAUCUCGCCUUCAGGUUCUUUUUGGAUCUAACGUGACAAUGGCUGUUCAAGACCCAUCAUACCCGGCUUACGUGGAUUCAAGUGUUAUUCUGGGUCAGACUGGACAGUUUCAGAAAGAAGUAGAGAAGUAUGGAAAUAUUGAAUAUAUGAGGUGCACGCCAGAAAAUGGUUUCUUUCCCGAUCUAUCGACUGUUCGUCGGACAGACAUCAUAUUUUUCUGUUCUCCCAAUAACCCAACUGGUUAUGCUGCAUCAAGAGAGCAACUCACCAAGCUUGUACAGUUCGCUAAAGAAAAUGGGUCAAUCAUAGUCUAUGACUCUGCCUAUGCUAUGUAUGUGUCAGAUGAUAGUCCGAGAUCCAUUUUUGAGAUUCCUGGAGCCAAAGAGGUUGCACUUGAAGUUUCUUCCUUCUCCAAAUAUGCUGGGUUCACAGGAGUUCGUCUUGGCUGGACUGCAAUUCCUAAGGAGCUUGUUUAUUCUGAUGGAUUUCCAGUGGCCAAGGACUUCAACCGCAUAGUUUGUACUUGCUUCAAUGGUGCAUCUAACAUUGCUCAAGCUGGUGGUCUUGCUUGCGUUUCAGAUGAAGGCAUUAAGGCCAUGCAUGAGGUUGUUGGUUUCUACAAGGAGAACACAGCUAUUAUAGUAGACACAUUUAAUUCACUUGGUUUUAAGGUGUAUGGAGGUAAAAAUGCACCAUAUGUUUGGGUCCACUUUCCUGGCCAAAGCUCGUGGGAUGUGUUCAGUGAGAUUCUUGAGAAGACCCAUGUUGUUACAACUCCUGGAAGCGGUUUUGGACCUGGUGGUGAAGGUUUCAUCAGGGUCAGUGCCUUUGGACACAGGGAAAAUGUUUUGGAAGCCUGUAGAAGAUUCAAGCAGUUGUACAAGUAAUACCUAUCCCCUGAGCUACACAAUUAUUGAAUCAUUACUGAGAUUUCAAUUGCUGGAUUGGUCUAUGUAACAGUCAUAAUGCUUAAUUGAGAUCCAGAUGUUUGAUCUUGUUAUACUGUUAUGAUGAAUUUUCAGGCUCUCUGUGUUGCUCUCCAUGAUCGGAAGUGAAAAUUUGGUAA